AUGUUUAUAGAAAACAACACGUGCAUCAGUCACAAGGAGUUGGCCGCCUUCAUCGACGCGAUAAGCAGUGAGACAACGUUCGCCCAAGGGACGCUGCAGGGAACCAACGUCUCAACGCGCUGGGACUUCUCCGGAUCGUUCUCCUUCGUCGUGACCGUAGCAACCACCAUAGGUUACGGAAACCUGGCCCCACAUACGGGUAUCGGCAAGGUGGUGGUUAUAGCCUACGCACUCAUCGGGAUUCCCCUGACGUUCUUGAUGCUUCAAGGUAUUGGCGGUCGUCUCACACAGCUUUCCCACCGGGUCAACAAACUGAAGUUAUGCUCCAAGAAGCCUGCCCUCAACAAGUAUCUCAACAUGGUGCUUAUCAUUGUAAUAGGCGUAUCGCUGCUGUUCAUCGUUCCUACCAUCCUGUUCAUGAAAGUCGAAGGGUGGGAUCUGAUGGACGCGAUCUACUACUGCUUCGUCACCCUCUCCACCAUUGGCUUCGGGGACUUUAUUCCAGCGUUGUCCGAAAAUCGAUUCUCGAGGCGCGCGGACGCCCUGACGGUGUACCGGAUAGUGACGUACGUCUGGAUCCUGUUCGGCCUCGCCUACGUCGCGCUCAUCAUCAGCUACAUAUCCAAUAUCCUCGUGCGCAAGGCCGAGAAGGUGGAGCAAAUUAGUCGGAAAAAAAUCGAGAAGUAA